GCGGGUUACCUUCUCGACACGACCGUUGACUAGACUUCAGAGCUGUGUUACUAAGAAUUUCUUCCCGCCUGAAACACCUGAAUGUAAUUAUUGCGCCGCCGCCUGGUGUGAAUUUAGAGUCGAACUUUCCUUCACUUCUCUGGAGUCCACAUGCCAGCAGGAACAGCAACACUCUGCCAUUUUAACCCAAAUUGUGGUUGAUUACUGGGAACCAUGGCGAGGUGUGGAGGGGACAGAGACGGCCUUAAGUUCACUUUGCCAGCAAUAGUGACAUCACCAUUUUGUCUCCUGGUGAUGAGAUGAGAGUGGACGGAUUUAGUUAAACAGAGAAAGAGAGAGAGAGAGGAGGGAUGGAGGGAGGAGAGAGAGAGAGAGAGAGGAGAGAGGGAUGGAGGCGGAGCGAGGCUUUUACUCCAGUGUGUGUUGAGGAGGCUGGCAGUGAGGAGGAGAGUACCGGAGAGGAUGCUGGAUGCUGAGACGGAGCUGUUACACUUUCUGUCUCACUGAAGCUGCUCUCAUCCUCACGGAAAGAAAACAACAACAACACAUCUGUUUGGAAGCCUCAGGAUCGGGUGGACGAUGAACAUGUCAGGCGGCCCCCCAGGGGAGGAGCUCACGGAUGAGGAGAAGGAGAUCAUCAACGGCGUACUGGCUCGUGCGGCCAUGAUGGAGGCCACGGAGCAUAAGAGGAUUGAGCGUCUCUCCAGCCGCCUGAAUAACAUCAAGCAGACGGCGUGCGGUGACGGGCAGUCGCACUGUCUGCUGUGUGGGGCGUCGUUCGGACCACAGGGGGUCACAGCUGUCCUCUGUGUGCAGUGCAAUAAACACAUGUGCAGCAAAUGUGGGAUUUCGAGCAACAGCAGGACGAGUCCUAUGUGGCUGUGCAGAAUCUGCAAUGAACAGCAAGAGGUCCAGAAGCGUUCAGGAGCCUGGUUCUUCAAGGGAAGAGUCCAUCAGGGUCUGCCUGCCCCCCUCCCUCUGUCCAGAUCUCGACAGUCCAGCAUCGAGAACAGUUCUGGUCCAGGAGACCUCGACGGACCACAGGAACCUACAACACAUCAUCGGGGAUAUGAGCCACAGCAGCAGCAGCAGCAGCAGCAGCAGCAGCAGCAGUCGUCCUGUGGAUCAGAACAAUGGGAGCAGACAGCAAGAACAACAGCUGACAGCUAUAAUGAGAGUCCGUCCUGUCCAGCAGCUGUAAUGAAGACUGAGAGACAUGUGUUAGCCUCCAAACCACCUCGAGCCGUCGCGCAGCAGGUCGCCCCCACCUCAGAUGUGGAGACCCCUCCAGCUGUGGAGGAAAAAAGACAACCUGUUGUCUCCGGCUCCAUUUCAUCACCUGUUCCUGCAGCCAGAAUGAAUGCAGCGGUCAACAACACCGCCCCCCCACGACCCCCACCGGAUCGAACAGAAGAAGAGGACGACUACGACUCAGACGACGCCACCACUCUGGGAUCUCUGGAGUUCAGCCUCCUCUACGAGCAGGAGAACCACGCCCUCCACUGCUGCAUCGUUAAAGCCAAGGGUUUAAAGCCGAUGGACUCAAACGGACUCGCUGACCCGUAUGUGAAGCUGCACCUCCUACCCGGAGCCAGUAAGUCUAACAAGCUUCGCACCAAGACACUUAAAACCACUCUGAACCCGGUGUGGAACGAGACGCUGGUCUACCACGGCAUCACCGACGACGAGAUGUCUCGCAAAACUCUCCGGCUGUCGGUGAGUGACGAGGACAAGUUUGGACACAAUGAAUUCAUCGGAGAGACGCGAGUCGCUCUGAAGAAACUCAAGUUUAACCAGAAGAAGAGCUUCAGUGUUUGUUUAGAGCGAGCCAUCCCGGUGAAGAAGGCUGUGGGAGGACCGGCUCGUGGCAUGGCUGUCUAUGAGGAUGACCAGAAUGAAGGUGAGGACUCAGAGGAGAGGGGGCGUAUCCUGGUGUCGCUGACGUACAACAGCCAGCUGGGUCGUCUGAUGGUAGGCGUGGUCCGCUGUGCUCACCUGGCUGCCAUGGACUCCAACGGAUACUCCGACCCGUUUGUCAAAGUAUGUCUGAAACCAGAUAUGGGGAAGAAAGCUAAAAACAAGACACAGAUCAAAAAGAAGACCCUGAAUCCAGAGUUUAACGAGGAGUUCGGUUAUGAAAUAAAGCAUGGCGAGCUAGCCAAGAAAACUCUUGACAUCUCAGUCUGGGACUACGACAUGGGAAAAUCCAAUGAUUUCAUUGGAGGAUGUCAGUUGGGCAUCCAGGCUAAAGGAGAGUGUUUGAAGCACUGGUACGAAUGCCUCAAGAACAAAGACAAGAAGAUCGAGCGCUGGCAUGUUCUGCUAAAUGACAACACCGUCCAGUUUGAGGAUUAAAACAUCUUCUUUCCUCUUCUAUGUAUUUUAUUUCUGUAUCAUCUCCCCCCUCCUGUAGAAUAUUGUCUUCCAGUGAGCACGGGUAGACAGAUAUUAUCCUCUUGCUUUUACGUCCCCGAAGUGUAAGGCUACAUUUCCAACAGUUUUCAGGUGACCAACAUGGAUGUUGACCUUUUUAAAUAAGGAACUAAACUAAACCAUCGUCACUCCCAUCACAUGAUAAACAAACCUUCACCUGACAUGAUAACGAUUGAACACAGAGCGAUAUAUUUUAUGGAGACGAUAAAACCCUCGUGAUCAUUGUCAUUAACGCGGUAUGUUGUAAUGAAGUGUGCCUCCACGCUCGAACCCAACACGGGGGAUUUCCCACUUUUCUGUCUCUGCCCACGUUGUCCUCUUGUUGAUCUGUGCUCCUCCUGUCAUACGGGAUCAUGUAACGUGUUAUCAGCUGAUCUAUGUGACCACGUCGUUCGAGUGCUUGCAUCAACAAAACAUUCAUUUCACUUGUGUUAUUGUGCAUCAUGCAUAUGGUAAAUAUUAAAAUGGGACACUUGAAGAUGUUUGAACAAAUUCAUUCUCUUCUGGAGAAAUCCAACGGCCUAAAAUGCUUCUGCAUGACGUUUUAAUUAUGAAGAACAAAUUUGAUUAAGCGCACUUCCUCCAGAAACACGUUUGAUGCCAGUUUAUCGGUGUUUUCAGCUACAUAACCAACAUGUUGCUCUCUGUAUUCAUAUUGAUGCAUGUCAUAUUGUAGCACACAAUAAAUAAAGACAUCAUGGCACUUCC